AUGGACGAAUUUAAUUUUGCAGAAAAAAUUACUGAGUUAUGGGAACAAUCUGAAAUUCAGCAUUCGAAUGAAGCAGAUGAAGCAUUUGAUGACGAAGAGCAGCAUGGAAAUUAUUCCCCUCCUGAAAUAAGCUUCUGAGAGACAGAAGAGAUUCACUAUAAUGGCUUCAAGAUCUUUGUUAAGCCAUGCUUCGAAGGCAUCAAUGUGAGAGUAUCUAAGACUUAUACCUUUAAUCAAAUGCAAGAUGUGGAUAGUUUCAAAGAAUAUAUAUUCUUCCUAAUGGCAAAGCAGCCAAGUAUAUCAAUUACCUAUGAAGAGCAAGCCAAAAGCAACGAUAUCCAUUCUUGAAAAAUAAAAUCAGAUAGCAUUUAUAAUGUAUCAAUUUCAAUCUGGCAAAAUUAUCCUGACUCAUGAGACAACAUCUCAGAUCAGACAGACAGUGAAACAAGCCAAUGAAGGAUGCUGGAAUCCCUAAAAAGCACAGGAUUAAUACUUGAGGGCAAUAAAACAGAUCCAAAAAUAUCAACCAGACUCUAGAUAUCCCUGUCCUCCUCAAACACAUCAGCUUUGAUAAAAAAACUGAGAACCUUGACCAUAUACGAAGAACGCUGGAAAUAAGCAGCGAAAAAGAUAGAUUCGACUUCUUUAGUAAUUCAGUAUUAUACUCCUCUUUCGGUACCCAAUGGUGUAAUUAAUAAUCAAUUAAUAACUAGCGAUCCAGAGGAUCCCUAACUCGCC